GUGUUCUUUGGGUUGCUCCUAAACGUCAAAAUAUUUUUUUAGGUUAUGUUGUUAAAUAUUGUUUAAAUCUCGUUAUAUGUUGAGUAUAUUUAGUAAAUAAUAAUGAGCGAAACGUACAUUGUACCGAUAGUUUCAAGGAAUUUAACAAAAAACGAUGCCAUCGUCCAAAUAGCAGAAUUAUUGGAUCAUUUGAACACAGUAAGUGAAGAUUUGUUUAGUAAAAUUAAUGAGCGCUUGGAUAAGAAUAAAUCCAAGUUAAAAGAUGUAACAAAAAGAGUGGAAGUUGUUCAAACGAAAAUUAACAACUUAAAGAGUGUUAAAAAGGCAACCCAAGUGUUUUCGAGCAGCAAAUAUCCAGCAAAUGAAGUUAAUCGUGACUACACUUCUUUAUUUCCAUGUAAAACAGUACUUGAAAUUAAAAGGCAUAAAGUUAAGCAAAAAAACUAUCUCCCUGUGUUUGAUCCAAUCAAUAAAUUAAGCUCAUAUCAAAAUAAAAAACAAUCAAAAAACAACAACAAAUGUGAAGGAUUGGGCAAUAUGCCUGCUGAUAUUGACUUUGUAAAUGAUUUAUUGCUGUAUAACUCUGGAAAAAACUUGUACAAUAAGUUUGAAAUGAUGGAUGUUUUAAAAGGACCACAGAACAUAAAACAUGACAACACUGUGGACAUAUCAGAUAUUGGAGUAGCACCUUAUUCAAUCAGGGAAGGAAGUGUAGUUAAUAAAUCAAAUGUAAAGUCGUUCUUUUACUCCCCUAAGAUAGGAGAUGUUCCUGAAUUAAAUGUACCACUCGAUUUGCCUGAUCUACCUGGAAUAGCUGAUGAUUUAAGGUAUGAUGGUGAUAGUGGAGCAGCUUCAACCAUUGCUCCAUCAGCCAAUACUCUAUUGGAGUUACCUCCCAUUGAAAAACUCCAAAUAAAUAAAGUUGUUACAACUGUAACAGAGGUGGAUACAGCAACUGAUAUAAUUCCUCCAGCACCGUUACCUGUAGUGGUAACUUCUCAACUAAUAACACCACCCUCGCCUCCACCUCCACCUCCGCCUCCCCCACCACUAGUACAAGAAGAAGAAAAAAAAGAAAUUAAAAUUCAAGAAAAAGUUAUUCCAUCUCCACCACAAGUACAACAGCCAGAGAAAAAAGACUUUGCUGGUAUGGAUAUGAGAGCAAGUUUAAUGGAGGCUAUUCGAAAUGCAGGGGGUUCCAAAAAAGCCAAAUUAAAAACAAUCAAUGAAGAUGCAGCUCCAACAAGCACCACCAAAGCUCCAAGUGGGGAUUUGAUGGCUGAUCUUCACGCCAAACUUUCCAUGAGAAGGAAGGGUAUAUCAGGAAGUAAAAAAGCUGAAAAUGAAGGAGGUGGAAGUGGUUUGCUGGAUGGUAAUACUGCCCUUGGAAAAAUUUCCGCUAUGAUUCCACCUCCAAGUAAAAACGAUGUAACUGAUUCCAACAACACAGAGGAUGAAGACUGGGAUGAAUAAAUAAACACAAAUAUACUAAAUUUAAAAAAGUUAUUUUUGGAAAUCUGUUUCUUGAAAUUUGCUACUUUACCUAACACAGAUUUCUUCAUCACAGAAGAGAGAAUGCUGUGCUCUGAUUGGUUUAUUGCUUUUUAUAAAGAUCGUUUUCUAUAGAAAGUAAUUAAGCACUCCAGGGUGACAAAAUAAUUACUAUUAUUAUUUACUUAUUAUUACUUUGGCAUUAGAUUUGGUUUUUACUGUACAUAUAAAAUGAUUUUAUAUAUAUGUAGGCAAUAUGAAAUGUUAGUUACUCAUUAAUAAAUUUAUAUAUUUUGUUAUACUUA